AUGGCGUCAACAUCUCAGAAUUCCGUGUUCGAAGCAGCCCCAGCAGCUCAAUCUGCAGGUCCUAGCGCUGACAUGGACAAGAAGGACCCUAACUCUCCGACUGUCUUUGCCCCUGACGAUUCAACCUCCUCAGUCAGGCGCGGUAGUAUAGAACAGCCGUACAGGACAUACAAGAUCCGUUGGUUCGGGCUUGUUGUGUUGACACUGCUAAACGUCAUGGUUAGCUGGUCGUGGCUUACCUUUUCGCCCGUCACCUCAUCCACCGCCAAAUUCUACGGAGUAGACGAAACAAUGGUCAAUUGGCUAAGCAGCAUCUUCGUCUUUGCAAACUUUGCCAUGACUUUCGUCACCAUCAAGCUUCUUGACUGGGGUCUGCGACCUACUCUCAUCAGCGGCAGUGCGCUUCUCCUAAUCGGCAACUGGGUUCGCUAUGCUGGAUCUUACUCUUCCGAUGGGAACAAGGUUUCCGUCGUCGCUGUCGCUCAAGCUCUCUUGGGCAUGUCGCAAUCUCUUGUUUUGAGUGCCCCCACGCGCUUCUCCGAAACGUGGUUUACGAGCAAAGGACGUGUGACGGCGACGGCUGUUAUGAGUCUUGCAAACCCAACUGGAGCAGCGAUUGGAUCCAUCGUCGUUCCGUUAUGGACGAAUGAACCUAGUGAUAUCUCUUCUGUGGUCUUAUAUGUGGCCAUCAUUUCAUCUGCCGUGGCCAUUCCUGGUUGUUUUAUUCCUGCAGCGCCGCCAACUUCCCCAUCGGCGAUUCACCAUAUAGAACGACCCAAGGUUCUACCAUCGCUACGAAUAUUGGUUCAGUCGCUAGAGUGUUACCUGAUCAUCAUCCCAUUCUGGGUCUACACUGGUCUCUUCGUCGCCACAACGUCCCUGAUCAACCAGAUUGUCACACCCUACGGGUUUUCGGAUACCGAGGCCGGUAUUGGAGGCGGUCUCCUCAUCGUUCUAGGUCUCGUCUUCUCUGCCGUCACAGCUCCCAUAAUCGACCGAACCAAGAAGUUCAUCCUCGUCAUCAAAUGCGGAGUGGUAAUCGGAGGACUCUGCUAUCUCGCAUUCGUAUGGGUUCCAGGUGCAAAAGAGAUCGGUGCACUAUACGCUGUUCUCUGCCUCAUCGGUAUCUCGUCGCUUUCUAUCGUCCCUGUUGUCUUGGAGGUUCUGACAGAGUUCUCGUAUCCCGCGGGCGCCGAGAUCACUAGCACUACUGCCUGGGCUGGCGGUCAGCUACUUGGCGGGUGCUUCAUCAUUCUCGGCAAUGGUAUGAAGGCUGCUGAGAGUGCUGAGCCGCCUCGCAACAUGAAAGACUUCACCAUCUUUCAAGCUGUGUUGGCUAUGGCGAUGAUACCUUUGCCCCUGAUGCUGGGGAUGUUUGGGCGGAGUGAUAAAGUAGCUCUUAAGCGUACAAACGUACACCAAAGCACAUGA